CACGGUACGCACGAUUAUUCUCAAGACGUAAUGGAUUAGUCGCUGAGCUUCUCUUAUUAGUGAAAUGGCGAUUAUGCGGUAUUUACUAGGGGCUGUAGUCUUUUCAUACUUGGUCAAUAACGCUAUAGGGGAACAACAGUGCAUCCCACUUAAAGACUCCUUACUAGAAGUUUGCUCUUUCGCAGGAUACAAUACAACCUUCCCGAUACCGUCAGAUAUCAAACUCUCGGAAAAGAGCAAACAAAAUGUACAAGGCAUCAUCAGCUAUAUGCUGCAGUCCACGGAGAAUUGUUCAGUAGCGCGGUCAGGAGAGUCGGUAAUAUGCGCAUUGAUUGCUCCGUAUUGCAGACCAGAGGGUGAUAAACCCUUCUUGCCGUGUAGACGAGUGUGUUCGGAGUUUAUGAAGCGAUGUGGCGUUGAUCCCGGGAACUUCUGGAUUGAUUAUUUCAUGGCAGCGUGCUCGUUAUUCUCGAAUAAGACUGCGGAAAGUGGGGAAUGUUAUGAGCCCGAUGGUUUUGCGGAUUAUUAUAAUAGCAGCACAACUGGAAAACUUGAAAGCGGCUGUACCAAGAUGAUUUUUCCUUUUUGCAAGGGCGUAGGCUUCACUUAUACUGCAAUAACCACGUCAUACCAGCUAAUGAUCUAUCAAUUCUAUUACGGCAAGAAAUUCACCAACACCUCCACAGACAGCAUUAUUCCUCCUAAUUCGUACAUAGGACGUAUACAACAACUGGGCGAAGACUUUCCAAAAUGCGCAGACAGGCUCCGACGCUUCUUUUGCGGCGAUCAAUUCCCUCCUUGCUUUCCCGAAGAAGGUCCAAGAUUCUACACUAUAUGCCAACAGUACUGUCACCAACUUGGUCUAGAGUGUCCAGGGCUGUAUAACACAUUCAUCGGACGCUAUGUUUCGGCCUGUGAGAUCCUAGCGUUUGGUAACACAUCACAUGGGUUUUGUAAACAUACCACGUGGCCAACGCCCAUGAAAUGGCUUAAGUGGUUCAGAGAUCAACCACAGCCACAACCGACAAGCGUGCCACUCGCGCCUGCUACUAAAGUGUACGUCAUAGUCGUCGCCGUCGUCGUACCCAUAAUCCUUAUCGCGCUUAUCGUGCUUGGUUUCCUGGCCUGGCGGCAACACAGGCUACCCAUCUUUUGCCUAAAAGGGCAAGACAAGGAGGAUCUUGUUAAGUGAUGGUAUAGUCAAUUAAGCGCCUGACUUUUGAUCCAGAACAAUCUUCGCAGCGUUACAAAGGAAACCAGAAUAAGUUAAAUUCAUAACUAUUAUACAAGCAUUAUGAGAACUAAUUCCAAAAGAAGAUCUUGUUCAAAAAAGAAAACCAGGAUGAUUUGUUAAUGGUAUCAUUAUGUGGAAAUACAUGUUGGAAAUACAUUGUGAUCGGAUAAGCUUGUCUGGGAAUACAGCAUGAAACGCAUCCCAGCAUGCAUGGCAAGAGCCCCUCCAGAGGGAACCCGCAACACCAGACGGAUGUCUCAUCGCAGAGCACUUCGUUUUUGGGGGGUGGGUUUGGGGUGUCGAUUAUAUAAAUAUUUAUUAACAGUUAAUGUUACGCGAAUGCUAUACAAGUUUUUGUUGUAUUGUUGUGCUGUCGGUGGCCAAAUUCAACCAAUUUUUUAGUGUCAAAAGAGGCUAUUUUAUGAAGAUUGCAAGUUCUUAUUAUCGAAAUCCUGACAUCAGAUUUAAAUAUUUUACCUGGCCUGUGCUAGUACAGAGUAAUAAAUACUGAAAACUAAUAUA